AUGUACUUCAGCAAAUUUAUUGCCUCUGCCUCGGCUCUCGCCAUGAGCGUAUCGGCCAUUCCUACGAGCUCUGCGGACACACGAGUUGUCACACUGCGUGGAUAUGCUUCGCCAAACUGCACUAUCCCAUCUUUGGGCGAACUUGGUGUGUACAGUUCCCAGAACGGCGUAUGCAGUUCGAGUAUCAGCACGAUCGACCCCAAUACCGUUUCAAUUACCUUUGCACCUCUCAUCGAUGGAUGUGUCGGUUACUUCUAUAGUGAUUUUGACUGUACUCAGGGAGAGCAGGAAGUUACAGUCUCAGGUGGCUGUGCAACAGGUGACGCUGUAUACAACAGCUUUAUUGUGACCUGCGACUAG